GUUGGAGAGGCAGUUCGACAUUGACGACGCAGCCGCCAAAGUCAUCAUGCCAAACGAUCUGACUACUGCGAUGAAAACAGCAAGGAAGGCGGUCUCUCAACUGCCGACCCAACUCAACACGGAAGAGCUCGAAGAGGUAAUAGUGGAGCUUCGGCGUAUCCAUCAAAUGCUCUUCGAAAGAGACAGAGGCCCUAGGACAUCUUUCCAGGGCAAGCACCAGGCUUUUCAGCCAGUGAUCUCCUGGAAAGCAUUUCAG